AUGACCCUUUCCGAACGACAGAACGCGUCCAUCCUUCUAGUGAAUACCACCGCUAAACCUUUUGUUUACUGCAGAUAUUAUUUCAAGUGUUUCUUCUGCAGAGAACAGUACUCCGAAAUAAAGAACUUACUACAGCACACACUUAGCCACGACAUCCCAGAACAAGCAGUAUUACUCAAAGAAUUCCUGCCAAAAGGAAAACGAACAAUAAAAGUUGAUAUUUCAGAACUUAAAUGCCGAAUAUGCAAGCAGAGUUUUGAAGAUCUUGAGAGAAUACGAAGGCAUUUAACAUCAGAACACUGCAAAGCCUUUACAGAAUCUGGAAAUGGUUUAGUUGCUUACGAUUUAACUUCAAAAAAUGGUCAAUUUUCUUGUCAUAUUUGUCAUAAAAUUUUCCAAACAUUUAUAUUGUUAAAUCGACAUAUGAAUGUGCAUUUCAGUAAUGCUGUUUGUGAAACUUGCGGCGCUGGAUUUAUGACUCAUCAGAGGCUCAUACAACAUAAAGAAAUACAUUUACCGGGUGGCUACCCUUGUAAUAGAUGCAAUAAAGUAUACACAACAAAUUCUAAUCUGAAAUAUCACAUAGAAAAAGCCCAUGAAGGCGCUACAAAAAUGAGAAUGCUCAGAUGCCCCCACUGUCCGGAAAGGUUUGCUGAACACUUUCGUAAGUUAAAACAUUUGAAAGAUUCACAUGGGAUUACAUUUACGUUUCAUUGCGAAGUUUGCAAAUCUGUAUUCCCUAGUCGAAGGGCUCUGACCAUGCAUACAAAUAAGUACCAUACGGAGAAAACUCAAUGCGAGAUUUGCAAAAAGAGUUUUAGUUGUGUAACUACUUUGAAGAAACAUAUGAUUUCUCAUACCGGUGAGAGGAAUUACAUCUGCAGUUUAUGUCAGAAAGCUUACAGGCAUCAGAAGAGUUUAAAACAGCACAUGCGGUCACAUAAUCAGGAGGAUGAGUACAUAAAAUUUAACUGCGCAGAGUGCGGUAACGGUUUUCCUAAUCGCAAUGAUUACAAUCGUCACGUGAAAGAAUGGCAUCCGAGAAGUUAUUUUGAUUAUACUGUCCGUUAA